AUGGGCGACGGCCAGACGCAGGCGCCCGGCGCGUGGCAGCAGCUUGAGCAGCUCGAGGGCUCUGGCAUCAACGCCGCCGAUCUCAAGAAGCUCAAGGAGAAGGGCUUCCACACCGUCGAGGCGGUCGCGCACGCGACGCGCAAGGAGCUCGGCGAGAUCAAGGGGAUAUCGGACCAGAAGGUGGACAAGCUGCUGGCGGCCGCGCACAAGAUGGUCGACAUGGGCUUCUCCUCCGCAACAGAAAUCUACCAGCAGCGUCAGGAGACCCUCCACCUCACGACCGGCUCCAAGGCGCGCCGCCCCCGCUGCUCGCCAUCGCCGCCCGCCCCGCCGCCCUCCGCCCUCCCUCGCCGUCGACUCGUCGCGUCAUCACCCGUCGCCUCGCAGGACCUCGACGACCUGCUGCGCGGCGGCAUCGAGACGGGAUCCAUCACCGAAAUCUUUGGCGAGUUUCGGACCGGCAAGACGCAGCUGUGCCACACCCUCUGCGUCACCACGCAGCUGCCUCUCGAGCAGGCGAGGCCAGGAUGGGCCGAACACUUCCCGGACACUUCCCAGACACUUCCCGGACACUUCCCCGCAAAACUGUGGGGCGGCGCCGAGGGAAAGGCCAUGUACAUCGACACCGAGGGCACCUUCCGCCCCGAGCGGCUCUGCGAGAUCGCGGAGAAGUACGGCCUCGACGGCGCGCAGAGCCCCCGCCGCCGUGCCGACGUGCUCGACAACGUGGCGUACGCGCGCGCGUACAACUCGGAGCACCAGCUGCAGCUCCUCGCCGAGGCGGCGGGCAUGAUGUCCGACACGCGGUUCGGGCUCAUCAUCAUCGACUCGGCGACCGGUCUGUACCGCACCGACUACUCCGGCCGCGGCGAGCUCUCGGCGAGGCAGAUGCACCUGGCAAAGUUCCUGCGCGCCCUCUCCAACUUGGCCGCCCAGUUCGGCGUCGCGUGCGUCAUCACCAACCAGGCGGGCGCUCCGCCUGGCGCCCGGAGGCGCGCGCCGCAUGGCCCUGUGGUGGCGCAGGUGGACGGCGGCGCCUCGUUCGGCGACAACAAGAAGCCGAUCGGAGGCAACAUCAUCGCGCACGCGUCGACGACCCGGCUCUACUUCCGCAAGGGCCGCGGCGAGAACCGCGUCUGCAAGGUGUACGACUCGCCCUGCCUGCCCGAGGGCGAGGCGACCUUCGCCAUCCACGGGGCCGGCAUCGGGGACGCGGCCGAGUGA